AGAGAGAGGGAGGCACGGAUAUUUAUAUCCUCAAGCAAGGCUGCAGCACAGUGAUAAGGCUUGGGACCAAGCCGCAGGCACACGGGGCUUACAGGGAAACCAGGACGCGUCAAGAUGAAACUCUUCCUUUGGGCUCUCGUGCUCGGGGCCGCCGCGGUCGCUCUGGCCGGCGCGGCCGGUACCGACGGGGGGAUCUCCUUCGAGUACCACCGCUACGAGGAGCUGCGGAAAGCGCUGGUGUCGGUGUGGCUGCAGUGUCCGACCAUCGCCCGCAUCUACACCAUCGGCGAGAGCUUCGAGGGCCGCGAGCUGCUGGUGCUGGAGAUGUCCGACAACCCCGGGACGCACGAGCCUGGUGAGCCUGAGUUUAAAUACAUCGCCAACAUGCAUGGAAACGAGGCGGUGGGCAGAGAGCUGCUCAUCUACCUGGCUCAGUACCUCUGCAACCAGUACCAGCAGGGCAACGAGACCAUCAUUGACCUGAUCCACAGCACUCGCAUUCACCUCAUGCCCUCCAUGAACCCAGACGGCUUCGAGAAGGCCGCUUCACAGCCGGGCGAGAUCAAGGAUUGGUUUGUUGGCCGCAGCAACGCUCAGGGAGUGGAUCUGAACCGCAACUUCCCCGAUCUGGAUCGCAUCAUCUACAUCAACGAGCGUGAGGGCGGCGCUAACAACCACCUGCUGCAGAACAUGAAGAAGGCCGUCGAUGAAAACACCAAAUUGGCUCCAGAGACCAAAGCUGUGAUCCACUGGAUCAUGGACAUCCCCUUUGUCCUGUCAGCUAACCUGCACGGAGGAGACGUCGUGGCCAACUACCCAUACGAUGAAACCCGCACAGGAUCCACCCACGAGUACAGCGCCAGUCCAGACGAUGUGGUGUUCAAGUCUCUCGCCCGGGCUUACUCCAUGUUCAACCCCGUGAUGUCUGACCCCCACCGGCCACCGUGCCGCAAGAACGACGACGACUCCAGCUUCAAGGACGGCAUCACUAACGGCGGGGCCUGGUACAGUGUACCGGGAGGGAUGCAGGACUUCAACUACCUCAGCAGCAACUGCUUCGAGAUCACUCUGGAGCUCAGCUGUGACAAGUUCCCCAACGAGGACACGCUGAAGAACUACUGGGAGCAGAACCGCAACUCGCUGGUCAGCUACAUCGAGCAGGUUCACCGUGGAGUCAAAGGUUUUGUCCGUGACCUCCAGGGAAGCCCUAUCUCCAACGCCACCAUCUCUGUGGAGGGUAUUGAUCAUGACAUAACGACAGCCAAAGAUGGAGACUAUUGGCGCCUACUUGCACCAGGAAACUACAAAGUGGCAGCGUCUGCCCCAGGAUACCUGACUGUCAUCAAGAAGGUGGCUGUUCCCUACAGCCCUGCGACCAGGGUGGACUUUGAGCUGGAGUCUCUGAUGGAGCGGAAGGAGGAAGAGCGGGAGGAGCUGAUGGACUGGUGGAAGAUGAUGUCGGAGACACUGAACUUCUAAAGCUUUUGUCUCGCUGACGAUCAGACCGUCCAAACAUCCAUGUAAUAUAUUCAACACUCCGUGUGCCCGCCCACCCUAAAAAAAAAAAGAGAAUAUACUGUUUCCUCCUUCAUUUGUGUUCUCUCACCAAUUUUAUUUCAACUGGUUCUGUUGUUUCUUAAUGUAACGGUUUGCCUCAUACUCCUGUAGAUUGUUUGAAUAUCCUGCACACACCAAAACUGACAAAGGAGGGAUCUGCAGGCAGUUUGCUGGAAAUGAGAUUGGUGUUGACCUCUGUGAUAUUGUGUUCUUUAUUGUACACGUGAUUGGUAACCAUGGCACUCAUCUAUAUAACCAAUGAAUGACUGAGUAAUUACGUAUAAGACCCUGUUUACGUCAUGAUCACGUGGCACCGUCUGUAAGAAUUCAUUCUUAAAAUCUGUUUUAAAUGUCUCUGUUUCUCCAGACUUUAGCAGGAAUUCACAAACACACUUCAGCCAAUGCACACAAGCACACAGCUCCUUUUAGAUCCCAGUACCUGCAAACACAGACACACUCUAUUUCUUUUACUGUAAUGAUGAAAACAAUAAACACAAAGCUAUGGUUCUAUGGAGAUAAUCGGGGACAUUAAAAACACUGUAAAAUCACUGUAAACAUCACAUUGCAAACAAUCAGUACAGGCAAACCCAUUUCCCUGUAUGUUAUUGAUGUUGAUUUUUUUAACUGCAGCACAGCUUUGAUUUUAGCACAAAUGAAUGGUUAUAAUAUAUACUGUAUUUAUGAAUUAGGUAUAGCAAGAAACGUUUGGUUUUUGUAACUAAAAAAAAAAAAAUCAAAAGAUGGCCAUAAUUCUUCUAUAUAUAUAUAUAUAUAUAUUGAUCCACCUCAGUCCACUCUAAGCCAUUUCUUAGUAUGUGCACUACAUAGAGGAUACUGUUAUACAUAAAAGGAACUGCAGCAGGAGUUGUUUUUUCAAAGAGCAAUUGCUAUAAUGCUAAUUAUCUGAGUGGACAAUAAGGUAUGAAUGCUGUUCACCCCGUUUUAAACCAUGGGACGAAUCUAUUGAAUGUAUAGCUAUAAACACAACAUGUAAAGAAUAAACUGAUAAAUAAAACUCCCCUCUUUAUGUUGUC